AUGGCUCCAAAGAAAACCAGACAACAAACUAAUGAGAAAUCAUCUCAUGUUGAAGAAUUGGAUCCAGUCACUGAAUUCGUUUUCGAAAAAGGUGUCGACCGUCCAUUCUUGAUUACUACUCCUCCUCCAAAUUUAUCACAUCUACGUUCAGUUACAACUUUUAAAGAACGUUUAUUCUUAGCUGCAUUAGUUAUCUUUGCCCUAUUUAUCAGAUUACAAAUACUUUAUCAACCAAACUCAGUUGUUUUCGAUGAAGUUCAUUUUGGUGGAUUUGCUAAAAAAUAUAUUUUAGGCACUUUCUUCAUGGAUGUUCAUCCUCCAUUAGCAAAAUUAUUAUUCGCUGGUGUUGCUUCAUUAGCUGGUUUCAAAGGUGAUUUUGGUUUUGAAAAGAUUGGUGAUGUUUACCCAGAAACAACUCCAUACUUUUGGAUGCGUGCAUUCCCAGCUGUUUUAGGUGUCGGUACUGUUGUGUUAUUGUAUUUGACAUUAAGAGCUUCAGGUGUUAGACCAUUAGUUGCAUUCAUUACUGGUUUAAUUUUCACAUAUGAAAAUGCCAAUGUUACCAUCUCAAGAUACAUUUUAUUAGAUUCACCAUUAAUCUUCUUCAUCUCUGCAGCAGUUUAUGGUGCUAAAAGAUUUGAAAAUGAAAUUCCAUUCUCUUUCCAAUGGUAUAGAGCUUUAGUUUCCACUGGUGUCGCCCUAGGGUUAGCUCUCUCAUCAAAAUGGGUUGGUUUAUUCACCGUUGCUUGGGUUGGUGCAUUGAAUGUUUGGGAUUUAUGGUUUUUAAUUGGUGAUUUAACUGUUCCAGUUUGCAAAAUCUUCAAACACACCAUCGCUAGAGGUUUAAUCUUGUUGGGUAUCCCACUUGUCUUAUACUUGACUUUCUUUGCUGUUCACUUCAAAGUCUUGUACAAAGAAGGUGAUGGUGCUGCUUUCAUGUCUUCAGCUUUCAGAUCAACUUUACAAGGUAACAAAAUUCCAGGUAAUAUUUUAGCCGAUGUUGGUGUUGGCUCAGUUAUCUCUAUCCGUCACAUUGAUACUCAAGGUGGUUACUUGCAUUCCCAUGAUUCUCUAUAUGAAACUGGUUCAAAGCAACAGCAAAUUACUUUGUACCCACACUUGGAUACCAACAAUAAUUGGUUGGUUGAAUUAUAUGAUGCUACUGAAGCACCAACUUCAUUCCAACAAAUCCAAGAUGGUACCAAAAUCAGAUUAAAACAUAUUUUAACUGGUCGCCGUUUACACUCUCAUGAUCACAAAUGUCCUGUUACUGAAAAUGACUGGCAAAAGGAAGUUUCAGCUUAUGGUUAUGAAGGUUUCGAAGGUGAUGCUAAUGAUGAUUUUGUUGUUGAAAUUCAAAAAGCUUACACCAAAUCACCAGAUGCUCAACAAAACCUGACUGCUUUACAAUCUGUUAUUAGAUUACGUCACGCUAUGACUGGUUGUUACUUGUUUUCUCAUGAAGUUAAAUUACCAAAAUGGGGUUUCGAACAACAAGAAGUUACUUGUGCUACUCAAGGUGUUUUAUCAAAAUCUUUAUGGUAUGUUGAACAAAAUGAAAAUCCAUUUUUACCAGCAGAUGCUAGAAGGGUUAAUUACAAACAACCAUCUUUAAUCGAAAAAACCAUUGAAGCACAUCAAAGAAUGUGGCACAUUAACCAAAACUUGAAUGCUCCUCACAACUGGCAAUCAUUACCAAACACAUGGCCAUUAUUGAGCCGUGGUAUUAACUACUGGGGUGAAGAUAAUCGUCAAAUCUAUUUGUUAGGUAAUGCUCCAACUUGGUGGGCUUCUACUGCUGUCAUUGUCAUCUUUGCAGUUUAUGCCGCUACUCAAAUCUUGAGAUGGCAAAAGGGUGCAAGUGUUGGUGUUGAUCGUCAUAUUUAUAACUUCAAUGUCCAAACUUUCAAGUAUAUUCUUGGUUGGAUUAUUCAUUUUGCUCCAUCAUUCUUAAUGGGUCGUCAAUUAUUCUUACACCAUUAUUUACCAGCUUAUUAUUUUGCUAUUUUGACCUUGGGCCACUUCUUGGACAUUAUUGUUAGUUAUAUCUUUGCUAAGAAGAGAAGUAUUGGUUACACUUUAAUCAUUAUCUUUUCAUUGAUUUCAUUCUUAUUCUAUGUCAACUACUCUCCAUUGAUUUACGGUACACCAUGGACCAAAGCACAAUGUGAAGCUUCAAAAUUAGUUGAUACCUGGGAUUAUGACUGUAACAAAUUCCAUGAAAGUUUAAGUGAUUACAAUAUUCCACCAAAAAUCUUUGAACCAAGUGAAUCAUAUGGUGGUGCUCAACCAAUUGCUUCUCAACAAAAUGUUGGAGGUCAACAAGUUCUCCAAGGGUAA